UGUGUGGAGCGCCCAGGUAGGCAGUCACGCGCGGAGACGGGGACAGAGACGCAGAUGGGUGUGUUGAUUGAGCCGGCCAGACCCCUAGCUGGGCCUGUGGGAAAGGAGCUGCUGACCAGCAAUGACCUCAACCACUACUGCACCUCUUACACACAAUCACAUGGCAGGACAGACAAAUGGGUUCGCUUAGGUCAUCACUACGGGACAGGCUACUCCUCCAACCUGCGGCCAGCUGUCUACUACACCCCCAACCUCGAUAAGGAGGACAACCCUCAGCUCGGGCUGGCGCUGCUGGAUCCCCUGUCCCAGACCAAGGGAGACUUCCUGCCCAUCGGGAGAGCCGUCAGAGAGCAGCCUGUCCUCAGGCCUGCUGGGCGCGAGAGAGAGAGUGGAUAUCUACAGCACCGCUUCUUACCUCCAACAGUUCCGAUGUGUCUCCAAACAGAGUAUAAAGGCUGUUUCAUACCUCAUCGACCACCACCCUCAGUGCAACAGGAGCAUCGUUUAGUGGGGAAGAAGGAGGAGAGCGGCUUCACUGCUGGAGAGAUUCUACAGCCCAACACCUUCCUACCGCAUUACUACCCAAUGGACUAUGCUCGGAAGAUGGGGAGGAGCAUCAUGAAGGCCAGCUUCCUGCCCAAAGUCUUCCUGCAGGGGUCUGAGGACAUGGCUGGCGUAGUGAGGAGAGCGGCCCAUGAGACGGGCUUCACCAGGGACACAGUGGAUCCUCUGGCCAGUCCAGCAUCACUAUUGCCCCAUCUUGGGAAAGGUCAGAAGAAGAGGUCCAUCCAUCAUGCUGGCUGUUUCAGUGGAAGGAUGUCUUCAUCAGGCUCCUCUGGUUUCACCCACAACGCUGCCAACCUGAAGACCAGUACACACCCCCCACCUGAGCCUGCACACUACUACACCCACUACCACAGCAGGUUCUGCGAUGGGACAGAUGCAGAGAAACUGAGGUCAGGCUGGACCAGAGGGGGCAUUCACAGCAACAGAGUUAGCGGCUACGCAGGACGAGACACAGACAGGUUCAACCUGAGUGGAUAGAGGAUAGAUGAACAUAUUUCAAUAAAGAGCUCCUGGACUUGC